GUUGGCAUCAUGAUGCCUGCCCCAUCCAUCGCGCUCGGCCUUUCUUACGUCUUGCUCUCACUCGCCGGCUGCGUCUACUACACGAGCCUGCUCCAACCCAGCUUCGCCAACGAUCUUUGGUGGGCCGGCUACAACGUCUCGGGCUACCAAGCCUUUCUCAUCGACCUCGUCAACCAGUUUCUCAUGACACAAGCCAACGGUACACUGGACGUGCUCUCUGCGUCGGCCAUGGUGCCCAAGACGUACGCGACCAUCGAUGCGUUCACGAGCAUCUACACGCCCUACAUGCACGACGUUCUCCUCGGCGAGCUCACGUCCAUCGAGUACGCCGUGCCAAAGCUUCGUAUGCUGAGCACCUACUGGUGCAUGCGCAUGAACGUGCAGCACUGCUGGCGCGGCCUUCAGGAAACCAUCGCAGGUCGCUCGUUUCUAUCGCAAAUGGCAACAGCGGUCAACACAUCGUCGGUGGCCGACGAACUAACCUACUGGCGGUCGUACAACUUGUCGAUCUUUGAGCUUCAGUGGCAGAGUCGGUGGCAACCCGGCGUCUCCGAGACGGUUGUGGUUUCGAACGCGCUCAAGAUGCAGCAGAGCUUCACAUUGAAGGCGCUGGACCAAGUUACGGGUCCGUGGUCGUCCCAGAGCCUCUUUUGGAUGCCACUCAACGACUUGUACAACUCGAUGCUUAUGAACCGGAGCUUUGUCCGGGGCACGAGUCGGUACUUUGGCGCCAACAUCAGUGCAUUACCGGUUAUCAACUUGGAGACGUAUCGGGGCAUGGCCGACAGCCGUGGCAACCUCGUCGGGAAAGCGUGGGUUUUUCAUACCUUUAUCGGUCCUUACAUCAGCAUUGACAUUCGCUACAAGCUGCGGCCACCGACUCUUGUAGCUGCGUACAACCGGCUCCAAGAUGUUGUCUCGGAGCAUCUCGCAACGUCGGCAGCAAGGUUUGCAUCGUUUGCCAGUCUUCCGUCUGUGGUUUUGACGCCGACGCCGCCUCGGUGGAGAGGUGACUAUACGUUUUACGGAGGUGACCCGAUGUGCCUCCUCGGUUCUGGUACACCCCACGUGCAGCAGUCGUUUGAUUUUUACGACGACUGCUCUCAGACAACGCCGUUGCGGCUGCAGCCGACAGCCCUCACUUUGCUCUUUGCACUUGUGGCGCUCAACGUGACGACGGCUACUAUACUACCCACGCCCAUCACCUCGAUCUGCGCUCUCUCUUCGACGCCAGGCCCUUGUACAACAGCGCUCUCCGCAGCAUCCAACUGGCUGAAAGAGGUACCUAUUCCAGACGACCUCUUGUCCAUGCUCCAGUCAUUACCACCGGUUCUUCAGGACACGCAAGUUGGUUUUAUGCAGUUUGCAACCUCAGCAAAUGGCUCGUGGGUGCUCUUGCAACAGCCGCUGCUCGGCUCCCUUGAUGAGCCUUGGACGUUCUAUGGCUGGUGCUUCGCAGCCGACUGGGCCGCCGGGCUUCGCCAAGCCGCUUCGUUUGAAGGCGAUGUCUCCUCCAUUGUCCUUCUCUCCAACGCGUACACAAGUCAGCACUACGUCACGAGCAACCAGCCUCUUUUAGCAAAGUGCUUGCAGCAGAGAGCCAUGUAAUAUAGACCACAGGAGACAAACACAAAAUAUCACCUCAUUUCCAAG